CCCAGCCGUAGGGGCGGGGCGGGCCCCGGCGAGGCGAUGGCGGCCGAGGCGCAGGGCGCCUGGAGCGAGGAGGCGGUGGAUCACUUUCUGAGGUCGCAGCGCAUCAGAGCCAGGGACGGGGCGGCCGUCAGGUGGUUCCACGCCGCGAACAGCAAGGCCCGAGCCAGGGAGGCCGCGAGAAGUGAUGUUCACAUGAUAGAAGCAGAUGUUCUUCUUCGUGGUGGCAAGGGAGGAAAUGGAGACCCUAUCAUGGCUCAUCCACCUGAAACAGACAGUGACAACACAUUGCAGGAAUGGCUAAAAGAGAUUGUCAACACAAAUAAAGGCAUCAAGCUGGAUUUUAAGAGUCUAGAAGCCAUAUGGCCUUCCUUGGAGCUUCUUGAACAUGUGAAGCAGCAUUUGAGGCGGCCCGUUUGGAUUAAUGCAGACAUCCUACAGGGACCUAAUGGAGAUAAUGCUGUAGUGGAUGCAAAAGGGUUCCUCGACACUGUCACUUCAUUUUUCCCAAACGUAACCUUAUCGCUGGGAUGGACAACUGGCUGGCACCCUGACAAACACAAUAAAGGCUAUGAUUGGAUGAUGGUGAAAGAAAUGGCUCAGAUAUGCAGUACACUUUCCCAGCCUGUAACUUUCCCUGUAAGAGCAGCAUUAGUACGACAGUCAAUAUCUGAGCUGUGUUGGUUAAUGCAACAGUCAGAUAGAUACAGCCUCACUGUUUGGACAGGAAAGGAAGAUGUGUAUUCUGUAGAAGAUUUGCUUUACAUCCGGGAAAACUUUGAUAAAAUCAACAGAAGAUUCUGUUUGCUAGAUGUGAAGAGUGGGAUCCGUGAUGCUGCACAUUCCAGGGAGAAAGAAUGGUUAUUUUUACCGAAUUACAACUAAUCAGGUUCUCUGCAGUGUGGUAAUUGUGCAUUCCACGCAAUGGCUUGCCUCCAUGCUUUCUGAGCCAUCAGCAACAUAGUCCUUGGAUUGUGAGAAGGCUGAAUUGGAGUUGCAGCUGCACUGCAGAAGGUGCUGGGGCAAACGGAACCCCCAAAAUGAAGAAUAAUCCUGUCCUGUACAUAGAGCACAAAGAUGGAUUACAGUGAGGUACACAUCAGCGACAGCAUCAAAAGAGCUGUAGUGUUUUAUAAGAGAGAAGUGCUGGUGGUUCUUUCAAGAGUUUGAAACUGAAUUUUAAGUAUAACAGGAGUUAUGUAAAAUGUUCUCCUGCAGUCUUUCUGAACACCAGAGGCUCUAAGAAUGAAAUAGCUGUACAGUGAUUAGUGCUUACAGCAAAAAUUGUACAUUUCUGUGAUAGCACAGUUAUUUUCUGCAUUUUCCUGGUUUCUGCAUCUUUUUAACUCUCAGAAUACAAUUUCACAAAUUUUCAAAAGUUGAACUUCCCUUUGAGAAAAACUAAAAUCAUUGCAAGGCUGCUUAUCACCUGCAGGAAGAGUCCAACCUAUUUCCUUUUAAGCAUUUUUUGCCUCUUUUGCUUCUGCAUCCCUUAAAAUUAAUACAGGUAUUGAAAUCUGUGCAGAUUGAGACACAAGCUGUGUAUUGUUGCCUUCUGCCAAACGUUACAAAGGUUUUUUUCACAAUGACGGAGAUUUUGAUUUCUAAAUUAAAGCAGAUUCUGUGAAGAGACAUUACCCUGUCAUCUUCUUGUCCUCCUUUUCCCGUUCCUCUCACAUGCUUCCCACAGGAAUUGUGUUAACUUUGAUGUUUUACACAACACUGGACAGGCUGUUAGUACUAAAGAGUUAAUUACAGCAAUUUUUGGUUCUUACAUGGCAUUAGUACAACUGUGAUAGAAAAGUUAGUUAUAUUUAUUAAUCCUAAAUCUUGAAAUACGGUGAUUUCAUGCAGCCAUUAAAAUUCAGGAUUCCUGGUGGUUACCUACACUCCUUCGCCAGUUUUAUCCAAUAGUUGUUUUACAUUCUUGAGGGGUAGACCUUUCAUAAUUUUUUUCACCUACUAAGAUACAAUAUACUUGGAUAAAAUUAAGAAACAUUUUUCCAAAUAAGGAAAAAAACUAUCUAGUUGUACUUGGAAUAGUUAAACAGAGUACGUAAUUUAAUUUACAUAAUCAGACAGCAUGAAUGGUGGUAACCAUCAAAAGGUCAAGUCUGGUAGCGUGAUUCCUUUUAAUGAAUAGGGAGAAAUGAUGUAUUUUGUAGUUCACUGUGACAACAUGAUCUGAUUUGAACAGAUUUAACCUCUCAGUUCAUUAUGGCAUCUCUUUCUUUGAGCUUUGCAUGCACACUUUGCUAUACCAUGGGAGGAGGAGAGAUUUAACUGUUUCCUAACUCAUCAUAACUCUGGAAAAUACUUUAAAUACUUCGAAGACCCUUUUCUGACCCAGAUCAUUUUGACUAAAACAGGUUCAGGAGCUAUUGCGUGAACAGGCGUGCUAGCAGAUCUGAUCAUGCGGUAUCCUUUUCUGGAUGGUGACCCUUUCACCUAACUCCCCUUCAGGGAGAACAGGAUGUAUGAAUGACCAAAGCUCCAGUUAAACCAAAGUUAUAGACAUUGCUUUGAAUCUAUAGUACGUACAAUAAACUAGUAGGAAAUAGUAUAGUUCAGAGGGUUUUAUUUUCUGGGAUAUACCAUUGAACAAGAAGCACUAGGGGACAUCAGCCAGCUUUUGGAAUCAAAUGCAACAUAGCUGCAUUAGCCAAAAUGAGUCAGGCAGGUGUCUGAAUAACAGAAUUUGCUUUUGAGGGACAUAAAGGAAAUAGCUUGAGGACACAUCACUGUAGCCAUGUUCAUUUAUUGAAUGAAAGGUACCAUUAAAGAGCAUUGAGUUUUUUGUAUUAUUGCAUACUAGUUCUAGGCUUAGUCUAGAUUUCUUUUCAAGAUAGUGCUGGUCAUUCAGAAGCAGCAAUACUUUCUAGCCAUACAUUUAUUUCUAAUAGAUUCAAAGACAAGAGUGUCUCGUCAUCCUUUUGUUCCACAAUUUAUAUAAACAUUUAGGACUGGAAUGGACUCGUAGAUCUUGUUUCAGCUCCUUGUUGCAGGCAGUUACAUUUAUUGACUUAAGGGAUUUUGUCUUUCAGUUGGUUAGGCCUUUUUGCAUCCACACAUGCAAACUUUUCUGUUGUUUAGAAACCUUUUUCCCACUUACCAAUUCCCACCUGAAGUAUUAGAAUUUGUUAGAACUGGUUAAACUAUUAAGUAAAAACCAUCAGCAAUUGCCAGAAGUAUUUUUAAGGGUGCAGACAUCAUGGAAGAAAUAUCACUGAGUAAUAUAUGUGGAUAUGAAUAAACAGAAAUAUUCAGAUAAAAUUAAAAGAAGACAUGAUCUGGAUUACCAGAAAAAUUAAUUAAGGUAACAAGACAUGUAAAACUAGAUUAAACAAAAUACUAGAAAUGAAUUCUGUGAAGCAUUCUUGCAGUGACAGAAGGGUUUGACUAUAUGGUGAAUUUGAUUAUUCUGUAUGGAUUAUCCUAUAUAUCUGAAUUUCUGUACCUAUUUUUUACCCAUGGAUCUCUGUUAGUUUCCUGUGAAGUCAUUUAGAUUGUUUAUGUCAGUCUGGUCUGAUUCAUUUGAAUUUGUUUCUCUGUUUUCAUGCCAGUCUUCAUACAAAUGCUCUCCUUCUAAAAUAACAUGUGUUAACUGUGAGGCUGGCAAUAAGAUAAUAAAGGUGAGAUGAAAGCCAGUUACUUAUUCUGUUGGAAACAGGGAUCUGUGGCAGGUCUAUGUUACUCUAGCUGUUG